CAAGACACCACACCGUACCUACCUCUGCAGACGGAGUUGGACUGUAGACCGGGUGUAGACGUGGAUCCUCUUGGAGUUGGUGCUUGUUCGAGAUAACGUUACGAGGAUUGUACUCGCGCAACCUCCCCAACAAGCGCAAACUCACGUAUUUUGUGGCGCGUUUUAAGGCAGCGACGGCGCACAGCCAUCUGAUUGUAGCUGCAAUAUCGCGAAAAGGGAAAUUCAAACACAACACACAACUAAGACUAAGAGUCUACGUUUCGAGGAUCAUACAAGCAGGACAAGAUGGCGGCGGAGUCGAAUCUUUUGUCCUACAAGCACGUCUUUGGGUACAACAGCAGCGUUCGGAAGGGAAUAUGGUACGGCGAAGGCGAUCAGGUUGCGUUUCCAGCAGGGCAGACGGCUGUGCUCACGCACGUGGAGAAGAGACAACAAACAUUUUUCCAAGGUCCAUACUGUUUUUAGCACACGUUGUUCCUAAGUUCUUAUUAAAGUUCUUGUUGGAGCUUGAUCUGAUUAAUAUUCUCUUUGACACUGCCAUGAGAAAUUCGUGCAGGCACGGAGCAUCAUGGCGGUAUUUCCGCGAUGGCAUUAUCGCCGAACCAGCGGUAUCUCGCGGUGGCGGAGAAGGCGACUGCUGUGGCCCCAGCAGCCGUGAGCAUAUUUUAUGGAUAGAAGUUCUCCGUGGUCGUGGCCUGUACUAUACUGAGCCUCAAAGUCACUCCAGAACAACGCUCGUCGUGUUAUUGUAAGCCCAGUCAAUCUAGUACUCAGAGUCUGUAGAAGAUGCUUCUUCUUUCCGUUGCGAUGCUCGUGCGGAGGUCCACAUCUGAAUGUCUGAAGGAAAUGCAUUUAGAUAGUUACAUCACAACUAGAACGCCUUUUCUUCAUAUGCGCGACGUUCUGACGACGAGAAAGCUGACAACAUGUGCGGUCCCAGCAAUGGAUGCCAGAGAGUACGUUUCGCUUGCGUUCUCUUCCGAGAAUCAAUUCUUGCUUACACAGGUACUUACUUAAAUGAAUGUCUAUACUCGUUUCUCCCGAAAAAGAAGAUGAUUUUCAACUUUUCGGUAGAUUCAUCUGCUUGUCGCGUUACACGAAGAGGCCAAGAAGGUGCUUUCAGGUCUGAUGUGUCAAGAAUCCUAAUUUUACAUCUUUCACUACUGCACCACCUCAUGCUAGGCACAUUCAUUCAUUCGUUCAUUCAUUCACUAAGUAAGAGAUUAUAAGAUCAACACAACAAACUACAGGGAGGCAGCUCACCAUCGAAUCAGCAUGACUACACGCUAGUUUACUGGGCGUGGGAUAAAGGACGGGCUAUGGGUGCUGCAAGAAUCAAGCGACAAGAAGUCGAAGCUAGCGACAUGGCGCAGUUGAUGAGUCCAGAAGCCGCAGAAGAAAUGCGAAAAAACGCACAGAAUGGAACGACCGCAUUAUGAAAAAUUUUGCCUUCCCGCUGGUGAUCCACCUAAAUGACUAGAGUUACCGCCUACUGGCUCUUGCAUAUUUACGAGCACACGUCGUGCCAUGAUUUGGGUUCAGUAAGGAAUAGAUAUGGAGAGAAAGUUAUCGCCAUCGGACUUUCAAAACCUUUUUCCACUCCGCAGACAGGCACGCCUUUCAUGAUGCGUUUCAGCAUUCGGGAAUGCAGAUCCUGUACGAGAGUGCUCGUUUCAUCCUGCUGAUAGUAGUUUAGCGCUGGUUCUGGGAAAGGGCAUCUGCAAGCUCCUGCGAUACCGCGAUGGCGUUUUCAGCACCGAGAAAACGAUGAGCCAGAGCAAGAACGAGGUAUUCUUGAGUCAUCUGCUACAGUUGACGAGAAUGACGUCGGCACUCUCACGGUGGUGUGUGGAUUCUUCAAAUGAAUCAGAAGGGACACUGAUCAACUACAGUUUUUCGUUUAUCCAAACACACGAACAACAUCCUCAUUCUCCUACUUCACCCUGCUUCACCCCCUCCAAUCAGUUUUUCCUGUCACAUGCCUGGCUUCCUGACGAACGCGUAGUGGUUGGAACGGAGAGCGGUGUUUUGAUGAUUCUAGAUGCGUCUGGGGAAUUCGACCACAUCUUGGAGGAUAGAUUAGAGAGGUGCCAAGACCUCUAUCUCUGCCGCUUUUCAAAGGGUUUCCUUGCCGCUUCCAAGGACGCUGCAGUGCACUUUUUCUACCAGCAGGAGGGCACAUUCGUACUCAAAGGCGAAGCAAGAGAUAACGCGGCAGAGAAAGGUAAGUCCAAGUGCUUCAGUCGAUAGCGUUCACAAUCGUUAAAGUAAAAGUCUUUAAGUUCGUUUUUUUGGAGGAAACACGCAGCGACUCAAUUCUUGACCUUUUCAAUGAAUCACAUUCGCAAUUCCAACCAUUUAUCUUAACGUCUUGUGGUAAUAAGUACUUGGUUGACCGAGACCUGAUCACUUCUCUUUUUUACUCAGUUGACGCGGUGCCUAUCACCUGUCGCGGUCUUGCGAUAUCCAGUAACGAAGAAUCAGUCGUCUUUUCGACCUCGAAUGGUCAAAUCUUUCGAGUAACACUAUCCGCGACGAACCUGGCGCAGGGUCUAGAAAACUCCUCACUGGAACCAGAGUCGCUACUAGCAGGGUUUCACGUAGGCGCUGUCAACGGCAUGGAUGUCUGCGUCCGAAAGCCCAUUAUUGUGACCUGUGGUGCCGAUAAGACAGUGCGGAUAUGGAACUACCUAGACAGGACCUGCGAACAAUGCAAAACAUUUGCUGAAGAGCCGCACUCAGUAGCGGUGCAUCCAAAUGGUAUAUAUUUAUAAGAUUGAUGCCUUUCCCUUUCGGUUUCGACUUGACGAUGUCAGCAUAGCGAACUUGACGAUGUCAGCAUAGUGACCCAGUUCCUCUUGGGCUGAUUAUAUUUAUGAUUUGUAAGAUAUACAGCAAAAAGUUAUUUCUUGACGAGUUUCUUGACAAGAAUCUAAGAUUGUUUCUAAAUGAUCUGCAUCUCUCUCCUUCAAUCAUCACGACCUCCAGGCUUCCUGGUUGUAAUCGGGUUUUCCGAUAAGCUUCGAGUGAUGAACCUAAUCAUGGAAGAUUUGAAGCCAUGGAAGGAUCUGCCGGUCAAGAGCUGUCGCGAGGUACGCUUCAGCAAUGGAGGUCAGUAUUUCGCAGCAACCAACGGGAACUUGAUUCAAGUGUACAAGACCUAUAACUGCGAACUGAUUCUGUCGCUAAGGGGACACAACAACAAAGCACGGAGUGUAGCGUGGACAGCGGACGACAGCGCGCUAGUAUCAUGCGGUAUGGAUGGCGGCGUGUACGAAUACAACCUCCUAGUCGAGGGGGGGCAUCGAACGUCAGAUUGGGUGCAGAAGUCGGUUGCCUUCACCUCCGCAACGGUCUCGACUGACCCUGCUAGCAUGGGAAAUACCAUGUAAGUACCUUUGAAUAAUGCGAAUGCGUCCUCUUCAGAUCUGUUGCGAGUUUCUUGUGACCAUGUCAUCCUACAUAUUAAUUUUAUUCAUCAUGUAGUGGAACAAGACUUUUAUGUCGUGUGCGAGUGAGCUGUACCUUACCUUUUCCUGACUUACCAGAGGACUGCAACUUGUUCGAUUUUUUUGUUUUGCGAUUUCAUCUCGGACCCCGUACUACUAGCUAUUCUUUCUUGUUUCUUGUUCAUUGAUUCUCUCCCUUUCGUCCACAGCUACAUCUGCGGUUCGGACAAGCAGCUUCGGGAGGUUUACAAUUGCGGGAUGCAGCAGUGUUUUGAGACCGGUCUUUGCUUAGGCCAAUUGCAGCUUUGCAACAGCGAGCGGGCGUUGUUUGCAGGGAUAGCAGAUCCAGAGGAGAUGACUGAGGGUCCCAUCCGAUGCUAUAGAUUUCCACUCGAAGCGCAGGAUUACACCGACUAUCCAUGCCAUAGUGCGCCAGUGACGAGGAUUCGCGUCAGUCUGGAUGACACGCACGUUUUCAGUGUGGGUGAGGACGGCUGCGUUUUCGUGUUCGACCUAGUAGCGCGAGGAAGCAACGCAUUGACGAACUUGCCAUUGGCGGGAUGCGCUUUAGCAAAAGAGGCACCAAAAAGGCGGGACCCAAAAGAUCCGGGAGGCAUGAACAUGCUGCCAUAUGCAGACGAAAUUCUCGUAUCAUAAUUUUUAGACUCUCUCAGUUAGGAACUGCGAGGAUGCUCAUGCUCUUUAUUAGAUAGUGUUUUCUACUUUUCAUCCAGUAUAUUUUUUCUUGUAGUCCACAGACAGACAUGACCUGCUUCUGUAAUUUAACUAUCACUUCUUCCCUUACUACAAUAACUAAGCACGAAUUUUUCCAGGUCACCCGCACUUUCCUCGAUGAGAAGCAAGGUCAGUUGGUGGAACUCGAGAGGCAAGUGGAUGAAUUGAGUAACCAGAUAGAGUUCCAGCUUAGGCAUCGUGACCUCUAUCAUAAGGAGAAAAUCGCUGAGUUUGAGGACAAAUACGGGCAAGAGAUUGAACAGGUAUUUUUACACAUGGUGUUGACAUGAUCAUGAUAGACAUAGACAUUGCUCAUGGAGUAAGCAUCUUGAUUUGACAAUAGGAAGUUGAUGUCCGUUCUGGUUAUAAUGAAAAAGACGUGGCAACCAGUUCGUUGAUGGUUUCACUUUUGAUAUCCUACUUCUAACUUGCUCUAGUUUGUAUGAAUGAAAUACCAACCUCCACAUCCACGCGCACAGGAGCGAGCCAAAUACGAGUUGCUCCGUGAGGAGAAGAACGAUAUGGAGAUGGAGUGUGAGGAGAACAUUAGGGGAAUCGAGGAGAGGCACGCAAAGCAAAUCCAAGAACUAGAAGCCAGUUUCCAGAACAAGAUGAUGCUGGAGGUGAGCCGGUUCCAAAAAUUGUCUGCCGCGAGAGAUAAAGAGCAUGCUGAGUGGGAAGGUGAGUACAAGGGGAUAUUAGGGAAGCACAGUGGGGAAAUCGAGGAUAAUCAGAGAAGAUUUGCGUUGCAGAAAGACGACGACGAGGCGCAAAGAAGUCGCAUUCUUGCGGAGAAAGACCUGUCGCACAGAAUACAUUUAUGGUCUUGCUUGUCGUUGUAAAACUAAAAGCCUGAUAGUACAACUACUGUUUCCAAAUGCGAUUUUUUUUGUGGAAGUAGGAAUGUGUAUCCGUGCGUGUAUCCAAAUAUGAUAAUUCGCUAAGCGGAUUCGCAGAAACUUUCUUCUGCGCAAAACUCUAACUCACAAAGAAACGCUUUCUCAGCUAGAGCAGGACGCGGACCGUGAAAUAGAGGAAUUGAAGGACCAGUACGAAGACAGGCUGUCAGCGGAACGCGAUGACAAGGUGAGAUUGCGAGGUCAAGCGGGUAUCCACAGAAAACAUCACGAGGACCUGAAGAGGCAGGUACCAAAUCGUAGCUCCUGUACACAACAAAAUAGUGCUUGAUGCCAUGCAGCUGCUCCUCCUAUCACCUCUAGAUCUACAUAGUGCUCUCAUCCUAUACCUUUUCAGAUGGCCAAGAAAGAGGAGGAGUUCCGAUUUUUCAGCGAAGAGGCAAGGAAAAAGGACAGGGAAAUCGAUAAAGCCAUUCAGGAACGAGAACAGAACAUGAGGGAAAUCAAAGACCGCGAUAGGACAAUAGGUACUCAUUCGAUAGGACAAUGAGUAUUCAUCUUAGCACUUGAUGGUUGAGACGAGACUAGCCUGUACGAGUAUUCAUCUAAGUAACAAGUAGUUAGUUGAGAUGUCGAGACUAUCCUGUACGGUGACUGGUGCUGCACUCAUCCGCUCUUCGAGUUCCUAGCACGACGUGCAUGCGUCAUUACUUUGCAGUUCGUACCUGUUGAAAGCAACUGCUGGUUAUGUAAUCUUAUCGAUCCGCACCCCACACUGAAUAUGAAUAAUCUCGUCAUUCCCACAUCAACACACUUCAACAGGCGACAAGGAGACGAAGAUAUACGAGUUGAAAAAGCAGAACGCGGAAUUAGAGAAGUUCAAAUUCGUCCUUGACUACAAGAUCAAGGAGCUGAAAGCGCAGAUCGAACCGAAGAACAUGGACAUACAGCAAAUGAAGCGGGUCAUCCAAGGCAUGGAUAAGGACUUGGAGGAAUACCAUCGUGCGAACAAGAAACUGCAAAGCGACAUCAACACAUUGGAGAAGAAGCAGACAACACUUAUGCUUUUUGGGUUAUUUGUUGAAGCAACGGAAUUGACUACUUACCAAACAUACCCCUCCCUUCUUCAAUGUGUGCGUUUAAGAUUAGUUCUUCUAACUGCGAGGUUAGUGAAGUUAAAUAAAACCUACAAUCUAACUCAUGCUCCAUUAUUUUAGAUUCUUUUUGGAUACUUAGAUCAUGAAGGAGCAGGAGGGAAGGACUACACAUGAUGUAAAACUACCUACGGAGUCAAGUUCAUCAGUGUAAUUGGUGGACAAAGACGCGAUGAAGAAGGCUCUUUAUGCUAUUCCUAUUGAAUUCUACUCGUCUAAGAAAAUGCAGGACGAAAUUAGUCUACAGCGAAAGCGCCUUGCGGAUUCGGCAACAAGAGCGAAGAAAAUCAAGCACGAACUGCACCAAUGCUCAGAUCUGAUUAACAAACCAAAGGAGUUUCGGGAUGCUUUUUCCAAAAUGAUCAACAAAUAUCAGAAGCACAGCAGCGCAAAUAAGAAGGAUGCAGCUAAUAUGGCGGUUAAGCUCAUUUUUACCAUGACCUUAGACAACUUAAAAUCUACAUUUUCGUUCCAGGUCCUCGAAAAGAAUCACGACAAGUGGUGACUAGAGUCUUCUCUCUUCUUUGACCUUGAGGUUGCUUAACCCAGUAAGCAUGAAUACGCCCCUCUCCCACAUCAACCUCUCUCUUCGCUAAGAAAUCCAAACAUGACGGCGGGAGGAAGGAAGGCGCCAAAGACCUCGAGAAGGAGAAGGAGGAUAAGGAGAUCGCGGAUGAGUACGAGAAUUAAGGCUCAACUUUCAUUGGUCGUAGAGGUUGGUCACUGAAUAAAUCGAAGAGAGUCCCCUUGAGAGAACAGGGGAAAAUGAAGGGAAAGGGGAGUAGAGCCUCUUUGAAGGGGGUCAGUCUCUUCCGUUCAGCAUUAGCGACCACAGUGACUGCUGAGCUUUAAGAGAAGCAACGGGAGUACCUCAAGAAGAGCGUCGCUUCACUCAGCAAAAAAGUCAUCGAGGACAGCGACAUCCACAAGAAGGAUAAUCAGAGCGCGAUGCUAGAGAACAUCGCAUUGAUUAAGACGAUCAACGAGCUCCGUCGCGAGAUCCAAGUUGCGAAGAUGGAAGCCCAAACGCGAAAACUUGGACAAUAAGCCUACUAGGUAGGGGGCUUGAGGAUGAUUCUUGUUGGGUGGUGUUUUUCCUAGAUUUAAGUUAGACGAUGACGAUCAGAUGAAGAUCAUUCAUCAUCAGUAAGCAAAAACAAAAUCGAUGAGCAGGCUCUGGGACUCGAUAGUGGAAGGGAAUUGUUAUCGCAUGUACGCAAAAAGUAACUAAGUAGACUGAUUUGAUAUUGAUGCAACGUGGCCUUAUGCAGCUGAUGUUACCCUGAAGAUAUGGAUGAAAAAAUGCCUGAUGGAAAUGCCUUGGUUUAAAAUAAUUGCUACGAUCGCAAACGCAUACUGUGACUGAUUAAUACGCUAUUUCUGAUUCUAGUAGCAUUCUCAGAAAACAAAGAUUAGACAAUUUGGAUUUGCUUCAAAAAAUUGCCACGUAUCUAUAUGUGACGCUGGAUAAUGAGGUACUGUGGCUUUGAAAGAAGCUCUCAGAGCUUGCACACAUCGCGCAUAACGAUUUCUAUCCUUUUUUUUCUAUUUCGCCAGCGAGUAAAGUCCGUCUCUCGAACAUCAUAGCUGAGUAAUUUGCAUUUUUAAGUUUUGCUUUAGUCGCAGGGCUAGUUAGCAAGAAACGGCUUUUUGUCUUCUCAUUUCUUCACCACGAUUUCAUGACUUCUCAAUUUGUAAUUGAAUCGCAUUUAUCUGUGCAUGAACGAGAAAUCUAGCGAAUUAGAAUGUUAUAAUAUAUUUUGACAUAGUCAGCAUCGGCUACAACUAUGACACAGCAUAGUUAGACGAUAGCAUGAGGACCGCGACUGCCACCGGGACAAUGGACAUCAAAUGAACAUGCGCACACCUCUAUCACCGCCAGGAGCCACCCGAUAACCUCCCACACCUUAUUAUCCAUGUGCCCCUAUAGCCCCCUUUUCUUACCCGGACCCACGACCACGAUAGCCUACGGCUACCUUGCUUAUGUUGACCAAAAGUGAUGUGGAACGGCAGACAAGACCAUGCGAUUUCCUAC